UCUUCCGCCUCGUCGCGCAGAGCAGGAAAACAAAAUGCGAUAGUCGGACUUUUAAGUGACGCUGCGAUCAAUGACAGCGCUCUCAGCUCGCCACGGCCAGCUCAGUUGAAUGUGUGUGACCUUUAUUGUGCGCCAGUGAAGUCCUUCCAACAUGCAGUUUCCUCCGAGCAACGGAGAUUUUACCUUCGUCUCGUCGACAGAAGCUGAAGAGCUCAGCGGCACCAUCAGCGCUCCGGAUGUCAAACUCAACAUUGGUCUGGACGGCGGCAGAGACCCGUACGCGACCACCUUCCUGAGACAGCGAGGGUACGGCUGGCUGCUGGAGGUGGAAGAGGACGACAAUGAGGAGAGCAAACCUCUGCUUGAGGAGCUGGACAUCGAUCUGAAGGACAUCUACUACAAGGUCCGUUGCGUGCUGAUGCCGAUGCCGUCGCUGGGCUACAACCGGCAGGUGGUCCGAGACAACCCUGACUUCUGGGGCCCCCUGGCUGUGGUCCUGCUCUUCUCCAUGAUCUCCAUUUAUGGACAGUUCCGGGUUGUUUCCUGGAUCAUCACCAUCUGGAUUUUUGGGUCGUUGACAAUCUUCCUGCUGGCUCGGGUUCUGGGUGGAGAGGUGAGCUACGGUCAGGUGCUGGGCGUCAUCGGCUACUCUCUCCUUCCUCUCAUCGUCAUUGCUCCUCUGCUGCUGGUGAUCGGAGGAUUCGAAGUGAUUUCAACGCUCUGCAAACUGUUCGGUGUGUUCUGGGCUGCGUACAGCGCCGCCUCGCUGCUGGUCGGAGAAGAGUUCAAAACCAAGAAGCCUCUGCUCAUAUACCCCAUCUUCCUAUUGUACAUUUACUUCCUGUCGCUCUACACCGGAGUCUGACCGGAGACAAGCUCAUGGACAGUGACCCUCCAACAGUCGGAGGGUGGGUUCUUUCAACCUCGUGGGGAUGUUUUAAUAUAUAAAGUUGUAUAUAGUUUCUCGCUCAUUUCCCCAAUGAAGAAAGGUGAUGGGCUUUCUUCAGAUCCUGGAAACAAAAGUGCACCGUCAUCGAUGCAGUUCCUGUUUGACCUGGAGUCCUGUGCACCAUCACUGCAAGUCUUUCACCCUGAAACGUCCUUGUGUUUGACUUCUAUCCAUCAAUUCUCUCAAAGAACCAGGAGCAUGAACGCAACACUAGAAAUGGAAACGUGGAUGGACUUUGAACAGAUUCACGGUCUUUCUGCUCCACUACAUUAAUCUGACUGACUGUUUUUUUUAUGCACCGAGGAGAAAUAAACCGAUGGUUUGCAAACUAUUGUGGCU